CUUGUUGUUUAACCUCAAAUUUGAAGGCAAAUGAUAAAUUUGUUUGCAGGAAAGACGAGACUUAGAAAGAUCGUUUUCAUAGGUGGUAUUACCAUAGCCGCACUUGCAUCCUCUUUGGUAAUUGUAUUUGUUAGCGUUCGGAGGAAGCGUGCAAAGGCAAAGCAAGAUCGUGACAGAGACAUCAAACUCUUUCUAAAGGACAGUGGGAAUCUUGUACCAAUGAGAUACAAAUACUCCAGCAUCAAGAAAAUGACCAAUUCAUUUACUGAAAAUUUAGGAAGAGGAGGAUUUGGCAGUGUUUAUAAAGGACAAUUUCCCAACGGUCGUCUUGUGGCAGUGAAAGUCUUGAAUGAAUCAAAUGAAGGCGGGGAAGAUUUCAUGAAUGAGGUCGCCAGCAUUAGCAGAACUUCCCACGUUAAUAUUGUCGCACUGUUGGGGUUUUGUUAUGAAGGUUCGAAAAGAGCUCUCAUUUACGACUUCAUGCCCAAUGGUUCUCUUGAAAAGUUCAUUGGCAACAAUGCUUCCUUGUCUCAAGAGUCUAUGUUGGGAUGGGAUAAGUUGUUUGAGAUCGCUCUUGGGAUAGCUCGAGGGUUGGAGUACUUGCAUCAAGGAUGUAGUACGCGGAUUUUGCAUUUGGACAUCAAGCCUCAGAACAUUCUUCUGGAUAAGGAAUUGUGUCCUAAAAUAUCCGAUUUUGGCCUUGCUAAACUAUGUCCAAAUAGAUCGAGCAUAGUCUCCAUGUUGGUGGCAAGAGGGACAAUAGGGUACAUUGCCCCUGAAGUGUUUUCUAGAAGCUUCGGAGAAGUCUCUUACAAGUCUGAUGUGUAUAGUUACGGGAUGCUGGUUUUGGAAAUGGUUGGAGGAAGGACGACCGUUGAUCCUAGAGAUGUAGAUCGUACAAGUGAAAUAUACUUCCCAAACUAUCUCUACAAGCAGAUGGAGGUGAAUAAUGCAGAAAGGGAUGUUGAAGAUGGAAACCUACCUGUUAAGAGAAACAUGAUCGUUGUCGGGUUGUGGUGCAUUCAGACAAACCCUAAAGACCGACCGUCGAUGACGAGGGUGGUAGAGAUGUUGGAAGGGAAAAUCGGCUCAUUGGAGGUUCCACCUAAGCCUUACCUAUAUUCACCCCCUAGAGCACCACCAUCCUAUUCAAUUUCUGAAUCUUUCUAGAAUUUUGCUUGUAUAUUUAUGUUGACAUGUGAAGUAUCUAGUGUAGCAAUA